CCGGGAACCCUAAAUUUGAAGAAAAUAAAGUUCUAAACUUUUACUCACUUUCAAAAGAACAUAAAUUUGCAUCCCCAAAAAUGUCAAAAACAAUGUAAAGCAAACUUAAGCAGUACAGUUUCAUCUCUGUUCAUUUCACAAUUCAAGCUUCUCUCCCUCGUUUCAUUAUUCAAAUGGCAAAGAAUGUAUCUUUCAUCAUCUCUUACCUCCGCCAAAACCCUAAACCCUCUUUUAGACACUUUUCUAUGAUAUCCCAACCUCAAAAUCAAAUACAAGAACAACAAUUGAUUACAAAAAUUGCUGGAGAAGUUUGUGAAAUCAUUCAAACUCGCCCCAAAUGGGAGAAUACACUAAGUUCUCUCUUCCCAUCUUUCAAUUUCUUGGACCCCAGAUUCUUCAAUGAGGUACUUAAGCUUCAAAAGAAUGCAUUUUUCUCUAUUCGUUUAUUCAAUUGGCUUAAAUCUCAAUCUGGGUAUUCCCCUGAUCCCAUUUCUUGUAAGUCUUUGUUUAAUGCUCUUGUUGAAUCUAAGGCUUCUGUUGUUGCGAAAUCGAUUUUCGACUCGUAUCCUAAGUUGUUUAAUCCUGACUCAGAUUCAUUAGAGUCUUUGAUUUGUUAUUUGUGUAAUGAUGGUUAUGUUAAUGAGGCUGUUGAUUUGUUUGAAAAAUUGAAAUUAAUGGGGUGUUGCCCAUCAAUUGUAACUUGGAAUACCGCCUUUUCCGGGGCGGUUCGAGUUAAGAGAGCUGAUAUUGUUUGGAGUUUGUAUGGGGAGAUGAUGAAUACUGUGGUUGUUGCUGAUGUUGAGACUGUUGGGUAUUUGAUUCAAGCUUGUUGUAUUGAUAACAAUGUCGAGAGAGGGUAUGAGCUUUUUCGACAAAUUCGGAAUGGUGGGGUUGUUCCUGAUAAUGUUGCUUUGAAUACAUUGAUUAGGGGGCUUUCUAUUAAUGGAAUGCAUGAUAGAGUUUCUGAGCUUUUGCAUUUGAUGAUUGAAACAAAUCAUAACCCUGAUACUUUUACUUAUCAAGAAAUAAUUCAUGGUCUUUGUAAAUAUGGGAAAUUGAGUGAAGGGUAUCGGAUUUUUAAUGAUCUCAAGGCUAGAGGGUAUGCUCCAGAUAGGGUGAUGUAUACAACCAUGAUUCAUGGCUUUUGUAAGAAAAAAUUGCUUGGAAAAGCUAGGGAAUUGUGGGUUGAAAUGAAAAAGAGGGGUAUACUUCCAAAUGAGUAUACUUAUAAUGUGCUUAUUCAUGGAUAUUGUCUAAUCCAUAAACUUGAAGAGGCUUUGAAGCUGGUAAAAGAGAUGUGUGAUAGAGGUUGUAAAUUGAACACUGUAAAUUAUAACACCUUGAUUGCUGGAUUGUGUAAGGAUAGACAAAUAAAAGAAGCUUGUGAGUUGUUUGAAGAAAUGACUCAGAGUGGUGUUGCUCGUGAUGUACUUACGUACAACUAUCUUAUACAAGGUCUCUGUAUGGAAGGAAAUGUGGUUAAGGCUCAGAUGCUCUUUGAAGAGCUUUUGGCACAUGGAUUGCUGCCUUCAACUUCAUCAUAUGCACCUUUAAUUAAACAACUUUGUCGCCAGGGAGGAACUCAGCAAGCGUUAAAGCUACUGACUGAUAUGGUGAACAGGGGUGUUGAACCUUCGAUAUACAACCGCGAGUGUGUUAUAGAUGGAUUUUGCAAGGAAGGAUUACCAAUCGAAGGGAUGAAUUGGUUGUUAGAGAUGUUAGAUAGGAAGCUUAUUCCAAGUCGGAACAUCUUUUUGAAACUUAUUAUAUGUCUUCUUCAGCAAAAUGAGCUGGAUUCUGCUCUUGUUGUUUUGAAUUUUAUGGUGCAAGUAGGCUAUACGCCUGGGGAAAUUCCAUGUCGUUCCCUUGUUAGUAAAUUUUGUAGUAGUGGUUCAAACCAUGUCAAGUUGCUUCUCCAUGAUAUCAUCUCCAGUAGCCAGCUUUCUUAGCCUUUUCGCAUGAAUGUACAGCCUUGAUUUUUAUGGUUGCAAAUUCUCACCAUCAUACUUUUGGAUCUCAUUGCACUGGAAAGAAAUUGUGUUUGUAGAGGUUGUUCCCGAUUUUCAUUUAUCCGGCUCAUACAUUCUCUUUUAAAGAGAAGAAAGUUUGGUUAUGAUCAAAAGCUGACUUAGGGCUCUCAACAGUUUGCUUUGGUGCGCAGAUAAUGAGAUAUUGAGCAGUAGUGAGCUAUUGGCAAGUAGUUUCUUCGUCUGCUUACAACACAACCUUCUAUAUACAAAGUGCUAAUAUUUUGCACCAACUAAACCUGGCAAACUUAAAAGUUGCAUUUUCUCAGAAAGUGCUUCAUGCGAAAGAGAUACUGAUAUACUGGUAGCCCGUACUACAGUGAUUGCACUUACCCUCCUGUCAUGGUCUUUUAUGCUGCUACUUAUGGAACUCCUCAGGAAAAUUCUGGUCUAGUGCUUUUUGCUCUUUAUGGUGUGUACGUUACCUAAAGAUCUCAAGUCAAAUCAUCUGGCAGAUUGGAACUUUCACUUUUAUUGACUUUGUAUGUGGAGCAAUUAAGGAUGAACAGUAUCGAAACUGCAUGGGAGUAAGAUAUGUUAAUUUUUUGAGGACUUUUUAUUAUUGAUUAUACACAUGUAUGAUGUAUGAAUAUGCUGGCCGAUGUUAUUAGGGUAUCAGACAAGGCUUA